GUUACUGCGAGGGAGAACGCGCCGCUUCUAUUCUUGUGACCAAACCCAGUGUCCAUGGGGGUACAUCGGCGUCUUGUGUUGUUAAAAAAAAGAUUACUGCUGAUGAAGAUGAGGGACCUAGAAGAAAAGAAGAAAAGAAAGAGGAAAUUCUGGGUGCACCCCAUCUGGCAAGUCAGAAAGGAGGAGGGUGAAUACCACACCGCGUUUCCAGUCAUGAAGACAGAUGAAGACAUGUUCUUCCGAUACUAUCGGAUGAGUCCGAAGCAAUUUGACGAACUGCACAGCAUUGUCCGCAGGGACUUGAGGAGGAAUUUUGUUUGCCGGGAGCCUCUUUGCUCUGAAGAGAGACUUGCUAUAACCCUCAGGUACCUAUCCUCGGGAAUGGCAAUCAAGCAGAUAGCACUCGCAUUUCGAGUUGCGCCAGCAACAUGUCGGCUUGUGAUUCACAAUGCCUGCAGAGUGAUCUGGAAGCACUUGGAGCCGCUCUACCUGCCUGAGCCAGGGCCUGUGCAAUGGGAGGAAUCUGCACAAGAAUUCAGCAGGCGUUGGAACUUUCCUCAUUGUGUAGGAGCAGUAGACGGAAAGCACGUCCAGAUUAUUGCACCACCAAAUUCUGGAAGCAGCUAUUUCAACUAUAAGGGGACGUUCUCCAUUGUUUUGAUGGCCAUCGUGGAUGCAAAGUACAAGUUCAUGAUGGUAGAUGUCGGUGCACCAGGCCGACACAGUGACGGCGGAGUCUUCAAAUCGUGCACAUUUGGAAAAAAGCUAAACGAUGGCGUCGUGGCCCUACCAGCAGCAGCACGCCUUCCAAAAAGCCAGAAGGUUGCGCCACAUGUUUUCGUCGGGGACGAAGCAUUCCAAUUGAGGACAGAUUUUUUGCGUCCAUUCCCGGGCAAAGGCAUGCUGCCAAUCCAGAGGGUAUUCAACUACCGGCUGAGCAGAGCAAGGCGCAUCGUGGAAAAUGCCUUUGGCAUUUUGACAGCUCGUUGGAGAAUCUUGCUGGGGCCCAUGAACCUUCUACCUAAAAAUGCAACCUUUGCUGUCCUGGCUUGCUGCGCUCUCCAUAACUUCAUCUCUUCUGCCCGGGAAACAACCUACUGUCCACCAGGCUAUGUGGAUUCCGAGGAUGAUUAUGGGAAUAUCGUCCCAGGCCAGUGGAGAAGUGAUGCUGUGUCAAGUAGCCUGCUUGACCUUGAAACAACGCAGUCUAGGAACUACAGAGCAAGUGCUGCUGACACAAGGAAUCUUUUCGCCCAGUACUUUUUUAAUGAAGGUGCCAUUGCAUGGCAGUGGGCUCACACUGGACUUACAGUGCCACAGAAUCCAUAGUGGA